AUGUCAAUCACCACGGAAACACUUGUACUUCCUCGCCCAGGUCAAGAAAGGGUUGAGGAAAAGCCGCCGAUUCCUGGCCCCACGGAAUCAGCAUUUACCGAUACCUUUGGGGCUCUCCUACCGCCUGCAAAAUAUCUAUAUACCGCCAAUGGAAGGGCUGCAUACUACGAAAUCCUUCCAACUGCGCCCGGCAAUGGCUUUACGACACUUGACCGCGUACUACUCAUUCAUGGAGUGCAGACACCAGCCCUAGGCCUCUUUCCUCUGGUUCGCGCCCUGCAAAAGGUGUUUCCGCAGACGCAUUUUGUACUCUUCGAUCACUGGGGUCACGGGUUGAGCGACACACCAUAUCGUCCGCAUGAUCAGCGUCUGUUCCAUGGCCUGAUUGAUGCGCUACUGGAUCAAUUAAAUUGGCCGACUGUGCACCUCAUCGGAUACUCGUUCGGCGGAGCGUUGUCGCCUGCAUAUGUUGCAGCCCACUCGGCAAAAGUGAAAAGUUUUAUUCUUGUCGCACCAGCUGGGCUCAUGCGGCUAUCAGAUCUGAGCCCUGAAGAGCAGGGCCAUAUGCGCGGUGACGGCAACGAGACUGCGGCACAGGAAUGGGUGCACAGCUGGCUCGAAGGUGGCAAACUUGUGGUGCCAGGUGAUUGGGAGGAGCGGGUUGCAGAAGGUCAAGUUGUGGCUCCAGCAGUAAAGAGAUGGCAGUUGCAGAAGCACGCAGGACAUGCAGCGUCCGUCGUCGGGAUAAUUCGUGACGGCGGUGUUUUCAACAACUACGAUGCCUUUUCUGAGGCUUCACGCACGGGGAUUCCUUCUUUAGCUAUCUUGGGUGAGCUAGAUGACAUUGUGAACGAGCAGACUCUCAGAGAUGUCGGCAUCACGAACGUGGAAGUUGUCUCAGGCGCUGGGCAUGGUGUAGUCAGGGACAAUGUACCAGAAGUCGCUACUGCCAUCACUGCUUUUUGGCACCAGAUAAGCCCGGAUGGUAAAUAG